AUGGCAACUCCGGAUCCCCCGGUGUUGCAACCCAAAAAUUUUGCCAGUCCACAUCUGAAAGAAGUGCCUGGCUUAUCUUUAUAUGAAAAUAAAGAUUUAAGAUAUAAUUUUUAUUUAUAUGGUGAAGGUCAAUAUUUUUAUGAGUUAUCACAAAGUCAAAAUUUCAAUGGUAUUCCUAUUAUUUUUGUUCCAGGAAAUGCUGCUGAUGCCGCAAUGGUUAGAAGUAUUGGAUCAAUUUUACAAAAUAAAACAGAACGCCUUCAAUCACCCUUUCGAUUUAAUGUUUUUUCCGCUCAUUUUAAUGAAGAAUUUAGUAUAUUUGAUACAACAAUUUUAAAACGUCAAGCAAAAUUUCUUAUAAAUAGUAUUAUUGAAUUAGAAAAAUUAUAUAAAAAUAAACGAAAUAAAAAAUAUGUUUUAUUGGGACAUUCAAUGGGUGGUAUUGUAAUAAAAAUGGCAUUGAAAAAUUCAGAAUGGUUAAGAAAAAAUACAGCAUUUAUUUUAGUUAUGGGUACAAUGUUAAAAGAUCAUCCAAUUAAAAUUACUAAUGAUUUNCUACUCCAUUAG